CUUGAUCCCCGCCUACUGUCCGCUGCCCCUAUAUAAGUGUGUUUUCCAGUAUGCAAUACAAAGAGCAAGAAGCAAUGAAAGAAAGAAAUAGAGUAAUGAUAAGGAGUAUGUCCACACUCCAGUAAAUCACCAUGAAGUUUAAAGUCCUGUUCUAUUUAUGGUUGUUGGGCCUAAUAAAUCCAGGCCCCUCUGCAGAUGUUUCCGUGUCUCCGGGCUCCACGGCUGUCCUCAACUGCUCCUUUACGUUGCCACCUCAAAUUGAUGAUUCUCUCUUAAACAUCACCUGGUCCUUCAACGGUUUAGUCAUUGCCUCAAGGAACCACACUCAGCCAGGCUUCUUUUUGAACACCACUGCCUCCUUCGUUGGCUCCUUCCCACUGACGGUUUACAAUGCAACUCCAGACCAGCAGGGGGUGUACGAGUGCAGGAUGAGCCACAAUGAAACCCAUUACUCUACAGAUGUGACUCUGACAAUGACAGUUCCUCCACUGGUUUCCAUCAUCAUACCUGAAGUAGUUUUGAAAAGAAAAACUAUGGUUGAAUGUUGGGCAAGGAGCUUUAGUCCUCCACAAAUCAUGUUCACCUGGACAAGAGCGGGAAACAAAAUCCAAGAACCCCAAAAGCUGCAGGUGAACCGUACUGAGGACGGGCUGUACGACGCAGUCAGCUGGCUGACCUUCAUCCCUCAAACCUCUGACCAUAACACAAGCUUUGGCUGUGAGGUGCAGCACAUGGCCCUGGUGAAACCCAUCCGAGAGGAGUUCACGCCACACAUCACAGUUCUCCCAAAGGUCAGUGUCUCUGCUGUUCCCUCUGCUUCCCACUCCUCUCCACUCACCCUGUCCUGCGACGUCAGUGGAUUCCACCCCGACAAAGUGUCCAUUCUAUGGAUGCAGAAUGGAAAGGUUCUUUCCAACCUUCCUUUGUCCGUCCAGAAUGAGGAAGGAAUGUAUAGGAGGCAUCAAUAUCACACCCUGAGUGUGGAGGAGAGGAGCAGAGGAGGAGAGGUGCAGUGUGUGGCCCAGCAACCCAAUGUGCAAGAACCCGCCUACGGAACUAUUGCCCUCUCCACUGUUGACCCACGUGUGCAAAACCCAGGUCUGAAUAAGUCAGCCAAGGCUUCGGUAGCAAUGAUGAUCAUUUCACUCACGCUGGUUUUUUUGCUCUGCUUUGGAUUUUCUUGGAAGAGAAGGGAUGAGAAGCUGAAGUCUCUGAAUGUGUCAGCGAUUGUUCUGCCACCCCGGGUGGUUGUGGGUAAGAAAGGCAGAGUCACCAUCAGUGUGGAAGGCAGGCUGGCAGAGAGGGUACAGACCACAUGGUAUCUCAAUGAUGCUCCCAUCACAGACACUACAUACAAAGAGAAAAAAUAUGAUCCGUUUUGCUCAGCGGCCUACACUCCUCGCACCUCUCGCGUGUCUGUGGUGUCGGAGAAAAGCUCUCUGCUGCCCUCUGCCGCCUCAGGAUAUUACAAGCUGCACACUCAGAUGUCACCACGCUCGUCCUCCAGCUCAAUGAAACAACUGUUCUCCUCCGUCACAUUUAUACCUGACCUGUCCGUUCACAAGGGCGCAAUCUUCAGAUGCCACAUCUCCUACAAGGGCAAAGACAAGAUUGUGGCUGAGCGAGUGUCCGACAAGUUUACUAUCCUAGCACCACCUGAAGUUUCAGGGAUCCAGUUCUCAGAGCCAAAUGAGGAAGGAGGCAUUGUGACAAUGACAGCCCAGGCCUCUCGCUUUCAUCCGGACAUCAUCACCUUCCGCUGGUUCUGUGAGGGUGGGGAGCUGAGCCCCGUGUCCAUCCCGCAGGCGCUGGCGGCCCCUCGGCCUGAUGCUGACGGCUUCUUUUCGGCCAUGAGCCAGUGCAGGCUGCCCGCCGCAGAGCUGGAGCGAGGAGAAACCAGGGUGUGGGUCACCGUCCACCAUACGGCCCUAAAACAGCCCAUCACACGGCAAACUAGAGGGUUCAUAAAAAAGCCCACCGUUUCAGAAAUCAUCUCUUCAUCUGCUGCGGAGGGACCGGUGACCCUCGCCUGCGACAUAACAGAUUUCUACCCUCCUGAAAUCUCCGUCAGAUGGCUGCAUGUGAACGGGAAUGAGAGCGAGGAGGAAGAGGGCAGCGAGAGGGAAAUCAGAGAUGGAGCUGAGCUCUGGGGGCCUUUGCAAACUCUGCCCAGGACGUUUCGAGCAAAAGCUUUACUUCAAGAGCUGCACGAGACGACGAGGGGAGGCGACAUCGUUUGCAGGGUGACGCACUGCUCCCUCCUGAAGCCCGUUGACAAAGUCUGGAGAAAUACUCAGAUGGUUGCUCCCUCCAUCCCUCCUUCUCUGUCGGUUCGCUGGAGCACAGAUGGGGUGGGAAUAUUCUCUGUUCUUCUCUCUGGAGGAAAACCCACGGCUGAAGUUCUCUGGGCGGCUGGUGGCACGACCGUCUCCAAGCUUUUGUCAAGAGAGAGAGAGGGAGAAAACCGUGAGGGCAAACCAGAGCUCAGGAGCGUUUGUGUUCUGCUGAGAUCUACAGGACGACAGGAAAGUGACAGUCGCAGAGCGGGACACGCGCGCAAAAUCAGGCCGCCUAGUGUGGACUGUAAUGCAGCAUGUGAAAGGACGGAUGAACGUGCGGAUGGAAUGAGAUCAGCACGAGAGGACAAACAGCUGAAUGAGCAUAUGGAGGAGAAUGAUGAUGAGGACGUGGAUCCAUCCUACAUAAACACUGUGAGACUGAGGAAGGAGAAGAAAGAGCGUCUGAGAGUCACUGUGGAAAUUACCCAUCCUGCACUAAGACUGCCUGCGUACCUUACCUGGACAGAGGCUGCAGAGGAAGCGUCAUCUUGAUGACUCACACUUUUUUAGCAAUCUACAUCUUCUCUGGACGCCCACCCAGCUCAUUUUAUACUUAACUUUAUACUUAAGUUUCGCUGUUGUAUUUUUUUUUUUUUUUCUUACAAAAGAAAAUGUUUUUUCUUUUACUACUAACUAUAUGACGCAUGAAUCGCAAUAUUAGUUAUUCACUUUACUCUUGUGAAUUAUCUGCCAUCAAUUUUAAUUAAUUAAACGCUUUAAAAUAAAGCUGUCGUGUGAGUAUGUGAGAAUGUCAGAAAGAGCGCACCACAGUGACUAAUUUUGUCCACGUACUAAACUGACACGAACACGUCAAACCACAACGCUUGUGCAUAUUCAGACGUACACAUAAGUUUUG